AUAUACAUGUAUAUAAAUAUAUAAGUAUAAAUAUCUAAGUAUAUUCUGUACAUAUAGUACAUAUAUAGUGUACAGUGAAAACGAAAAUAGAUAAAACAUCAAAUAAAGCACAAUCGAAGCUUAUCCAAUAAAAACACAAACGCACACACCUAAACAUAUAAACUCACACAUAUACAUAUAUAUGAAUAAGUGUGUACGCAAGUGUCUAAAUAAGUUGGGAAUAUGUCAAAAUAUCAACUGCUACUCGAACCGUCUGCCACCGGCGAUGAGGAUGCUCCCACAACAGGCGUAGASAACAGUAACACAACAACAGCCACAACAACACAAACAAGCCUCCACAAUGCSGCCGAGAAUCUACAAGCGCUGCUCUACACCGACAGCAGCAACGAUUCCAGCAGCAGCAGCGGUGGCGGCGGACGGGCGCRUGUAGUGCGCACCAGCAACAACAAUAGAAGCGGCAGCWAURGCAACAGCAUGGCUAGUCACAGCAGUGGCAGCAGCAGCAGUUGGGAGUACAGUCCCUUCGAYGGUGUCAGCGCAAACAGCARCAACAACAACAACAACAUUAAUCAGACAAAAGCGGCUGUGGUGUCACGAGCAACAGCGACAACACCAACAACAGGAGCAGUAGUGGCGUUGAGUUUAGCCGACAUGGAAGCGAAAACGUCGUCAACAUCACUAUUGUUGGACGCUUACGAGGCGGAUGACACAACGAUGGAGGUGCCGCUGCUUGGCGGAAAUGAUAAUAGCGAUUACCAUGACCACGCACACCAGCAGUUCAGCACCGCUUCCGCUGCUGCCGCUGCCGCCGCCGCCACCUGCCAUUGCCAAUUGCCCGGAUUUGGCGCAAAUCUGCAUACAAAAUCCACACAAGAUGCGAAAUUCAAAAUUUUAUUAGCAAUUACGCUGUGCUGCGUUUUCAUGAUUGUUGAAUUCCUUGGCGGCUAUAUGGCCGGAAGUUUGGCUAUCAUGACGGAUGCCGCCCACUUGGCGUCCGAUUGCAUUAGUUUUGUCAUCGGUUUAGUGGCAAUUUGGUUGGGCGGACGACCGCCCGAUGACCGUAUGUCCUUCGGCUAUAAACGGAUGGAGGUGAUGGGCGCCAUUGUAUCGAUAUUAGGUAUUUGGAUACUAACCGCAACACUAAUUAUUGUGGCCAUGGAACGUUUAUACUCCAAUGACUUCGAUUUGAAAGCCGACACCAUGAUGGUUAUAUCGGGCAUUGGCAUUUUAAUUAACAUUGUCAUGGUUUUUAUACUGCACGGCUCAGCGCUUACACAUGGAGCUGCUCAUGGUCACAGCCAUGCACACGCACAUGCGCACUCACAUACGCACAGCCAUUCAGCRGCGGCCGACAAUGCUGCGGUGCAAGUGCAUGGUUCAAAUGGCGGUGGWGGCAAUGAAUUAAAAAAAUGUGACAGCGCCGAGAACCUCAAUCUGCGCGCCGCCAUGAUACACGUCAUCGGCGAUCUGGUGCAGAGCAUUGGCGUCUUUCUCGCAUCAAUUUUGAUACUAAUUUAUCCCAGCGCGAAGUUUGCCGAUCCGUUGUGCACGCUGCUGUUCUCCGUUAUCGUUUUCAUGACCACGGUGCGUCUGUUUCGGGAAUCGGUUGGCAUUCUCCUGGAUGCUGUGCCRUCGUCGAUCUCACUGCRUAGCUUGKCGUUGGAUUUGGCCGACAUUGAAGGCGUUAAAUCCGUACAYCAUUUGAAUGUCUGGAGUCACACGAAUAAUCACAGCGUCAUGAUGGUGCACUUAGUCAUUGAUUUCCUCUCGGACAGCAACACGGUGCUGCAGCGCGCCACACAAGUAGCCUGUGGCAGCAAAUACGACAUCAAACAUUGCACCAUACAAAUCGAACGUUCCACGAGCACAUAAAACCACUUGCACUUAGACGAAUAAGCCAGCAUAUGCUUGUGUGUAGCUAAGAAAGAAAAAAGAAAUAAAUGAAAUUAAAAGUUGUAAUAAAAUCAUUAGCUUUAUGAUUUUUAUCGUCAAAGACUGAACCGACGAAUUAAACGAUCACACGACGCCUUGCCAGACCAGACCGAUAACUGUGCGAUGAAAGUGUGAAAUUUACGCUUCUUUGGAGAAUACAAAGGGAGAGAGAAAGAGAAAAGAAGGUGAUAUAUAUUUAUAUAUAUGUAUGUGUUGCUGCUCACGUACGUGCGCUUAACGACGGUUGGUGGAGGACGUGGAGGCGGCUGUGCCACACUUGCGAUGCAUUCUAGCUGCAGUAAUUCUAUCACAGACAAUUGACGUUGUCAUUAAAUGCUCCUCGCUAAUUGAUCGUUAAAUUUAUUACCUCUAUGAGAGGGCGCGCGGCAUGCCAGUGCGUGGAUAUAUGGCUGUUGCUCAUAUUGGUGUUCAUAUAUGGAGGAAUUUAUAUAUUUCACGCGUGUGCUUCAUAAAAUGGAUACAACACAUACACGUAUAUGCCCAUGUACAUACACACACAUAUGUAUAUACAAACAACAACAAUUCACAAUCAUUUAUUGCCAUUACUCGCAAUUACUAAGCGUGAAGCACCAAAGUUCGCCGCUAUAAAAAAGCGAAAAAAAAUAAAAAACUAGAAAUAAUAAAAUAAAAUUCAAACAAAUCGGAAAGGUGUGAAAAUAAAUUGUAGCUAUCGUAAAUAUAUAAGAGCAUAUACAUAAAAUAAACAGUCUGUUGUUUGCUUAUUUUAUCGCGCUCAAUGUGAUAAUGAAAAUCCUCGCGGUUAAACAGCAAUUACAGCGCUGCAAUAUUCAUAGGUAAACAAAAUUGCAAAACAAAAAAAAACAGAGUAUUAGAAAAAUAUGUAUAAUAUUUUAAAAUAAGCAGCAGUUAAUUAGUAUAUGUAUGUAGCCUUAGUUUUUAAGCGCGUUUAUUAAUGUUAUGUAGUUAUAUUUGCGUAAUGUCAUUACUUAAGCUGUUGUUGCAACGCAAAAAUUAAUUAAAAUUGUCGUAUUUGUUCAGCGAAACUAAUAAAAAUAAUAUAUUAAAUG